AUGAAGGAGGAGGAUACUGUGAGCGAUAAGAAUCGAACCUUUCAGGUGGAUCCAAAUCUCCCUCGAUGGGUUUGCCAGAACUGCCGCAACCCUCUUUGCGUCGUCGGCGUCGAUUCCUUCGCCGACAAGUUCUUGAACGAUUCCUCUUCUCGCUCCGCAAUGCAGGGCUGUUCUGUCCACGGGGCCAACAGCAUUUUAGGCUUAACGCGUAUGGACAAUUCUUUUGUUGUGUUGCCAAAACAAAAGCCCCAGGCACCAGGAGUCCCUCCACGUCCUCGCAGUGGAGCUGUUCAGCCUGAUGCUGGCCAGUCUGGGAAGGCAAUGGAAGAAUCCUUUGUGGUUGUGUAUAAGUCUGAGCCAUCAUCUGAUGGAGGUGGGCCACAUUUUCCAUCACAAGAAGGAGGCCCUAAUAGUCAUUUGCAUCCCAAUAAUGCUGGAUUCCACUCUACCAUAACUGUCCUCAAACGUGCAUUUGAAAUUGCCACAACCCAGACACAGGUUGAGCAACCUUUAUGCCUUGAAUGCAUGAGGGUGUUGUCCGAUAAACUCGAUAAGGAGGUUGAAGAUGUAAACAGGGACAUCGAAGCUUAUGAAGCCUGCCUUCAGCGUUUGGAGGGGGAGGCACGAGAUGUUCUUAGUGAGGCAGAUUUUAUUAAAGAGAAAGUAAAGAUUGAGGAAGAAGAAAGAAAACUUGAAGCAGCAGUUCAAGAAACAGAGAAACAAUAUGCAGAAGUAAAUGCUGAACUGAAGGAACUGGAAAUUAAAUCUGGCCGCUUUAAAGAAUUGGAGGAGCGGUAUUGGCAGGAGUUCAAUAAUUUUCAGUUUCAGAUAAUUUCACAUCAGGAAGAGAGAGAUGCCAUUCUGGCGAAAACUGAAGUGUCACAAGCUCAUUUGGAAUUGUUGAAGCAAACUAAUGUACUGAAUGAUGCCUUCCCUAUCCAUCAUGAUGGAGAGUUUGGUACAAUAAACAAUUUUCGACUCGGAAGACUUCCUAAAAUUCCGGUUGAAUGGGAUGAAAUAAAUGCUGCCUGGGGCCAAGCCUGCCUUCUCCUCCACACAAUGUGUCAAUACUUCAAGCCAAAGUUUCAAUUUGGUCCGGUGAACUUGUUUUGGAGUACUCGCUAUGACAAGGCAAUGACUUUGUUCUUAACAUGCCUCAAGGACUUUGCGGAGUUUGCAUAUUCAAAGGAUCAAGAAAACAACAUUCCACCAGAGAAACGCUUCAAACUUCCAUAUAAGAUUGAGAAUGACAAAGUGGAAAAUCACUCUAUUACACAAAGCUUCAAUAAGCAGGAAAAUUGGACCAAAGCGCUCAAGUACACACUCUGCAAUUUGAAAUGGGCUCUCUACUGGUUCAUUGGAAAUACAAACUUCCAGCCCCUUACUGCAAUGGUGUCUCCUCGAGUUGAAGUUCCAGCUGUAAAUUCAUUGUACACAAAGCGGGGUAAUGAUUCCAAGUCUGAAUCUCGGCGUUCAUGA